AUGGAUGAGCCUCUCCUUCCCACCUCCGCCCCCAAAACUGCCCCUCCUGCAUCCACGGCCUCCUAUCCCAGCUUCCUCCAGCGUUUCCGCAUCUUCCUUGUCCUCGCCGCCUGCGCCCUGUGGGCAAAUUACGAGGCCUCCAAGGGCUUCGACAUCACCGUCCUCCACGGCGCCUCGCGCAGCCCCGCCGCCCGCCGCUUCGGCCUGCUAUUCGUCUCCAACGGCCGAGCCGCCAGGCUCGUCCUCAGCUCCAGUGAUCUCGUUCAGCGCGUCCUCUACCCGGAUGAUUCGUUCCCUCGGAAGCCAGUGCGCCGGAUAACGCUUUUCUUGGCCGACGAAAACCUCAACGAGACCGUCGUGGUCAGCCACGGCCGCCACCCAGGCGAGUUCGUAGUCCAGAUGAGCCCGGCCGUCAUGAAGGCGACGGACGUGCAGAUGUCGGUGGCUUCCGCGCUGCAACGGGGCGUGGCUCGCGUCUGGCUCUGGGACGGGCGAGGCCAGGCGCCGAGACCGCUUCUUGACGCCAUGGUAGAGUACCUCACCACGCAGAACAACGCCAGUGCUACACUGCGCACCAAUUCCUGCUGCGCGGCGGGGGAGCAGCUGCGCGUAGCGCGCGUGAAUCGAGCCAUGCAGGAGGAGUGGGACGAUCGAAUGCUGGAGGAUGUAUGCGGCUCGCCUUCCGAAAAGGUCUGCGCGGCCUGCCUACCUCUUAUCGACCUCAGUAGGUUCGCAAGGAACGUAGAUCCUGAUCAAGAUCCACAGAUAUGA